AUGACAUUUACUCCGCUGAGCAUUAAAGCAGCAGGGCAUGAUGGACCCAUGCAAAAUGACGAUGGCUCCUUAUUUAUCAAACCAGCAAACGAUCAAGAAAUACAGUUUUACAAUGAAACUCAGAAUAAAUCCCUUGAACUAGGGGAUGACGUUCCAUACGGAAGCUCCCUGGCAGAUUGGAUGCCCCAGUAUAUUGGCGUUCUAUAUCCCGGUGCUUCAAAUGAUUUAAUUGAAGAGACCAAUGGAACAAUUGAUGAAAAGUUGUUGACGAAAGCCACCAAUACAUUGGAAAUUGAGGGAGAAAAUAAAAAGUAUCUUAUAUUAGGUAAUGUCCUGCACGGUUUCUCCCAACCAAGUGUUUUGGAUAUAAAGCUAGGAUCAAUUUUAUAUGAUGAAGGUGCAAAACCCGAGAAAGUCGAACGUAUGAAGAAAGUUUCUAGAACUACUACAAGUGGUACUUUAAAAUUCCGGAUCGCAGGAAUGAUGAUCCCUGAUUCCUUUCACGAGAAACUUCCACUCACAAAUUUAGGGUUUAAUAUAGCGGAAGUCUGUAGCUCUACAUACAAGAAUGGGUACUUGACUUUUGACAAGUACUUUGGCAGAAGGUUAACCAAGGAAACGGUAGACGAAGGACUCAAGCUAUUUUUUCGAUACAACAAACUCCCAGAAACAGUGCAAAAUAUAAUAAUUAGAAACUUCCACUCACGUCUACAAUUACUUUACAAUUGUUUGUUGGAUGAAGAAGUUCGGGUAGUGUCAGGCUCGUUGUUUUUUGUAUUUGAGAAUGAUAUUAGCAGAUGGGAAAAAGCUGGUUUUGAGGAUCCAGUGAUAGUAGCUCCUACAAUUUCAGAGGAUGAGGAAGAAGAUGAGGAAGAAUAUGAAAACAGAGACGGGUCCUUGAAAGAAGGAACCAAUUCCCCAUUAAGUUGUUUAAAGUUUAUAGAUUUUGCGCAUGCAAGGUACACACCCAAUGAAGGAUACGAUGAAGAGGUUGUCUCUGGUAUAGAAAACCUUUUUUCUAUUAUAGAGAAGAUAUAA